AUGGCCCUCGCUCCUCUCAUCUGGGUCGUCAUCCUGUGCGGCCGCCGUGGCGUCACCUGUCUGACGAACACCAGUCGGGCGCUAUGGCGACAACCCCAGCCUGACCCCGUGAGCGAGGAUCAGCUGUUCCUGUGGGACACUUUCCCAAAAGGUUUCGUGUGGGGUGCCGGGAGCUCGGCUUUCCAAACCGAGGGGUCCUGCAGCCAGGAAGGGAAAGGGCCGUCCAUCUGGGACCGCUUUGCUCGCUCCUGGUCUCCUGAGGCCACGGCGGACGUGGCCAGCGACAGUUACCGGCUCUGGGAGGAGGACGUGUCCGCAUUGAAGUACCUGGGAGCGGGCUCCUACGCCUUCUCCCUCUCCUGGCCCAGGCUGUUCCCCAAUGGGACCACGACGGGAGGCCCCAAUCCCGCAGGGGUGGCGCACUACAGCAGGGUGAUAGACCGUCUCAGGCGGGAGGGGAUUGAACCCGUGGUGACCCUCUUCCAUUGGGACCUACCACUAACCCUGCAGGUGGACUAUGGCGGAUGGCGAAACGAGUCCCUGGUGGAUAUAUUCGACAACUACGCGGCUUUCUGCUUCCGAACGUACGGGUCGCGCGUGAAGUACUGGAUCACAGUGCAUAACCCCUUUCUGGUGGCCUGGCAGGGGUACAGAACGGGUUUGCAUGCCCCCGGAGAGGCUCAUGACCCCAGGGCGACCUUCGACGUGGCCCACAAUCUAAUCAGGGCCCAUGCAAAGGUAUGGCACACAUACGACAGCCAUUUCCGCCCCCAUCAGAAGGGGAAAGUGUCCAUCACCCUGGGCUCCCACUGGAUGCAGCCAAUCCAGAGCAAGGACUUCCCAUCCAACGUGGAUCGGUGCCAGGAGUCAAUGGAGGCCGUGUUGGGCUGGUUUGCCGAGCCCAUCCACGGUGGCGGAGACUAUCCGGCCUCACUGAAACAGCAGAACCCGGGCCUUCUCCCCGCGUUCACCGAAGCUGAAAAGCUGCAGGUCCGGGGGACAGCCGAUUUCUUCGCCCUGUCGUUCGGUCCCAACAACAUCCGUCUCGGACGAACGCUGGCCCGAUAUGGCCAGCAGGUGUCGCUGGAUCUGCGGCAGGUGUUGAACUGGAUCAAGCUGGAGUACGGGAACCCUCGGGUGCUCAUCACGGAGAACGGGUGGUUUUCAGACGCCAAUGUGGAGACCGAAGACACAGUGGCCAUAUACCUGAUGAAGAAGUUCAUCAAUCAAGUUCUGCAAGCAAUUGUACAUGACAGCGUCCAGGUGUUUGGCUACACGGCCUGGUCUCUGGUGGACGGGUUUGAGUGGAACUAUGGUUACAGAGUGAGGCGGGGGCUGUUCUACGUGGACUUCAACAGCCCAGACAGGGCCAGGCUUCCCAAGACUUCUGCUAAGUCCUACAGACGAGUUAUCGCUGACAACGGCUACCCCAGCACUGAGGAUAACCAGGAUGUAAAGGGUCGGUUUCCCUGUGACUUUCACUGGGGUGUGGCUGACUCCACUCUGCAGGUGCACUUCAGACCUUUCUCCCCACAGUUCACCGAUCCCCACCUGUACCUCUGGAACAUGAGCGGGAACGGGGACCUGCACCCGGUGGAGGGGGUGAGGCUCCAGACGCGUGGAGCCCAAUGUUCUGACUUCCUGGCCAUUCAGAAGCACCUGGACCUGCUGCAGGCCACAGGGGUGGACCACUACCGCUUUGCCCUCAACUGGUCCCUCAUCCUGCCCCGCGGAGACCUCUCAGUCAUCGACAGAAAGGUCCUGAGGUACUACCACUGCAUGGCCAAGGAGCUGAGGAGGAGGAACAUCCAACCGAUGGUGACCCUUUACUACCCCACCCAUCACCCCCCAUUUCUGGGGCUCCCGGCCCCCCUACACCACGCCGGCGGGUGGCUGAACAGGAGCAUCGUGGAAGCCUUCAGGGAAUAUGCCAAACUGUGCUUCAGAGAGCUGGGGCCGUGGGUGUCAGUGUGGAUCACCAUCAACGAGCCCAACCGUUUGAGCCAAGCCUACAAUGCCAGCGACCCCUACAGAGCGGCCCACCACCUCGUCCUGGCCCACACGGCGGCUUGGCGCCUUUACGACGGGGAGUUCCGGGCCCAGCAGGGGGCGUUGGUGUCCUUCUCUCUGCACGCCGACUGGGCGGAGCCCGCCAACCCCUUCCUGGAGUCCCACACGGCCGCCUCCCAGCGAUUCCUGCUGUUCGAGCUGGCCUACUUCCUGGAGCCAUUCCUGGGGGGGAAGGAGGGGGAUGGGACGCGACAGGGAGGCGAUUACCCGGUGGAGGUGAGGGAGUACCUGCAGGAGAAGAGGAGUCUGGGGCUCUCUCGCUCCUCUCUGCCCCGCUUCACAGAGCUGGAGAGGAAGGAGGUCCGGGGAGCUCUGGACUUCAUCGCCCUCAACCACUUCACCACCCGUCUGGUGUCGUACCGCCGCACUAACACUAGCCUCGGACGCUCGCUGGACCAUGACUGUGUGCUGCUCUCCGACCCCACCUGGCCCUCCUCGAACCUGGGCCAGACGCUGGUGCCCUGGGGCCUGCGGCGGGUGCUCCGCUGGGUGAAGGAGCGGUACGGAGCGACCAGCGUCUUCAUCACAGCCAGCGGGGUGGAUGACCAGGCUGCCAAGGAUGACCGGCUCAGACAGUUUUACCUCAGAAGUUACCUCCAGGAGGCGCUAAAGGCUUACCAGGUGGACGGAGUGAACCUGAGGGGGUUCUACGCCUGGAAGCUGCAGGACCGCCACGAGCCUCAGUUCGGCCUCUUCUCCUCCUCCCACCUCCAGUCGGCCCCAAAAGCCUCGGUCUCGGCAUAUAGAGAGAUCAUCGCCCGAGGGGGGGGCCCGGCGGAAGCUCACAGGGAGUCGUGCAAACAGGAGGCCUGCGCCCUGUGCAGCGCCAUUACAGGAAACAGGUCGCUGCUCUUUUUCGGGGCGUGCCUCUUCCUCACGCUUGCCCUGCUGAUAUCAGCCGUCAUCUUCCAGGCCAGGAGGAAGACGAGGGGCCCACCCCGUGCCGUGCCUUCCCGCCGCGGGAGGCUGAGGGGCAGGGUGCCCUUGCACAGAGGGCCACAUAUUUUUAGUGACAGCUGCUGA